AUGAUGAGCGAUGAGAAUGAUUUGGAAGUGAAUAUUGAUGUCAAUUUACCUUUCGGUAUUGAGAAUCAAGUCGGAAAUGUAGAAAUUGCUGAUAGACCAUUAGUAAGUUGUUGUUAAAUAUUGUAAUUUAUUUUUCAACUAAACAAUAUUAUUCAGAACCCUCCUCCUGCCCCACCGCCUCCAGUCAAUAACCCAACUACUGCUGCCCAAAACCAACAAAAUGCUCAAAAUCAAUUUGGGAAUGUGAGGUGAGUAAUUUUAAUUUUAAUUUCUGCCUGAAUAGGAACCGUUCUAAUAUUUUCAGAGAUCGAUUAUUUCACGCAAUGCUUGUCCGAAUUGCCAUCAAAUAUAGUUCAAAAGUAAAUUUAACAUGUCGAAGAAUAAUUGAAAGUGUAAUAUUGUUCGUCGCGCUGAUAUUACUUUGCUCAUUAUUAUUUGUUCAUAUCAAAUUUACGAAAACAAGUAUAACAUGUUUAGAUAAUGUGAAAAAAGAAUGGAUGACUGAUGGAAUUCUAAGAGUUGAAGUUAUCAAAAAUUUGAAAAUGUUGGAAAAAGAAGAAGAUUAUAUCAGGUGGUAUGGUAAGUUUCUAUGAAUAUAUAAAUAUAGUUUUUGAAAAUUGUUCUUCCAGUGCGCGAAAAAUCAUCCCGAUCAUGUUAUCUUCGAGUCGCUGACAUAUUCAAAAUCGGACCACGAGUAAUUCCAGCUGAAAUUCGAGCACAAGGAAUAAUGGAUGCUGCCAGGCAAAUAUCGAUUGAUCACAAGAAUAAGUAUACAGUCAAACCGUUUGCUGAUGGAGGCGGUUUAUUGAGUUAUUUUAUUCGUGCUCCAUCAGCGCUUUUUUCUUUGGAAACUGAUGAUGAUGAAAAAGAUGAAAGAUUGCAUCGGGGAAAUGAUCCAUUGGAAGAAGAGGCGAUUUUUGCCUGGAGAUCACAAUUCAAUGCGCAUUAUUGUAAGUGAAAGGGUUAAAUUGAAUCUGAAAAUAUCUAUUUUCAGCAAAUGACGAUGAUUAUGAAUAUGUAUAUCGUGUAGAAUAUGCACAAUUAUAUGGUGUUCUAAGACUUCCGGAACAAUUCAGAGAAAAACAUGGAAUUCCAACAGUUUGGAUGCGAGUGAGUUAUUCUGAUUAUAUCAUAGAUUUUUUCGCAAUCAAAAAUUUCAGAUUGAUUCAAAAUCGAGUUGCUUUGGUGACUCGGUUUCUCAUCUCAUGAUGAAUUCAUUUGUUGGAUAUGAAGAUGCUGUGAUUUCGGCGCUGCGGGAAAAAGCAAUCAAUGCUUCGACUGACAGUAUGUUUUUGAACUUGAAAGAUAUCCGAAAAAGUUUCAAAUAUAUAUUUCAGCAGAAUCAAAUAGUCGCGGAUAUCUACACGAUCUUCUUACUCACGAACAUUACCAUCUUAUGGGAAGUUUCCUUGGGAAAUCGAGUUAUUUGACUGCAGCAAUUUUAAUGCUCAUAUUUGUGAGUCUACGACAGAAUAUUCUCAUUUCUAAUGUAAUUUUGAAUUUUCAGACAUUCGCAAUUUCAAUGCUUCUACGAUUUUCGCAUCAUCAAAUAUUUGUGUUCAUUAUCGAUUUGUUGCAUAUGUUUGAACUUCAACAACCGCUUCAUUUUCCUGUUGCUCCGAUUUUUACUGUUAUUUUGGCUCUUGUUGGUGAGGACUUAUUGGGAAAAUUUGAUGAAGCUAGAGUUUUCUCUCUUGCCGCCAAAUAAAUGAAAAAUUCAAAAUUUUCAGGAAUGGAAGCAAUAAUGUCAGAAGUGUUCAAUGAUACAACAACCGCAUUUUAUGUUAUUUUAAUUGUUUGGGUUGCUGAUCAAUAUGAUGCGAUUUGUUGUCAUUCGCCAGUUUCGAAACGAUUUUGGCUUAGGUAAUAAUUCUACAUAUUUUUUAAUAUAUAUAACUCAAAUUUCAGAUUUUUCUACGUAUAUCAAUACUUUUUCUAUGCCUAUCAAUAUCGUUUUGGUGGCCAAUAUGGAACACUUGCAUUGUGGACUUCUGCCACUUUUAUUCUUCAUUCAAUGAUUUAUUUUUUCCACCAUCACGAAAUGCCGUUGAUAUUAUAUCAGGAUCGAUUGCAACAAGUUUUGGCGGAUUUACAUGCUCCACAGGUUAGUUCGAUCCCCGGUGCCCGCGAUUCUUUUUUCUUCCUCCUUCUAUUUUUUUUUGCUUCAUCCAUCCAAUUAUUAAUGUGUCAAGCAUCAGUCUUCUUCUUCUUUUUUCAUUUUUUUUUUCUGAAAAAGACAGACGACGCAAAAAUAGAGACAACUUGGCAUAAUUGCACAUUUUUGUGCCUCCCGGCAAAAUGUAUCUUUUUUCCGACUAAUUUGGUUGUUUUUGAGAGAGAAUUUUUGGGGUUUUUGAGCAUACGUCGCAUGCGUGGGAUAAUCGACCCGAGGAGGGGUUAUCACUCACCCCAGUUUUUGGAAGGGGAUGUCACUUGAGAAAACAUUUUGAAGAAAUUUUCUAAGCUUUGUACUCUAUCACUUAUUUGGAGUGAUUAAAAUUUCCACGAAUUUUUAUUCAAAAAUCGAUAAUUUCAACAUUUUCAUCCAAAUUUUGAGAACUUUGGUUUUGAUUUAUUGUCAUAGGAUUUAUCAUUUAGGGUCAAUUAGGUAGGUUUAGGGUUAAAGGUGGAAGCAUUGAAAAAAAUUGAUAAUAAAUUAAAUCAAAAAUUUUGAAACGUAUUUUUUUUGUUUUUGAAAAAUUAGAAUUUUUGAAUCGAAAUUUGACUCAAAAGCGGAGAAGAUGAGAAUAUUUGCCGAAGUGAAGCAAUUUUGAGCUAAAAGUUUAUAAAAAAUUUAGAUUGUCAAGUUUAUUUAGCUGAAAAUGAAAAAGGAAAGGGGGGGGGGUUAUCCCUUUUUCCAGAAAUUUUCAAAAACAGGGGUGUGCACUGGUGGAUUUGAAACGAGGGUAUGCGACGUAUGUUUUUGAGUUCUAUCUAUAAUAAAAAAAAAGAAAAAUUCCUCAAUUUCCUAUCGCCCCGCACAUCAAAAAGCAAACUUUUGCUGUGCUUUUGAUGUUUUUUCGUAUUUUCUUUUCCUUUUAACAACUUCCUUCCGGUUCUUGAUUUUUUCUUGCUUUUUUCUACGUUUUUGACCAAGUUUAUUCGAGUGGUCGAAGUGUUUAUAGAGAAUAUUCAAAAAACAUUUCGCUCUGUGUUUAAUUUCAGUUUCUGAAUACAUAUGUCGAGUAUAUAACAGCAAAUCCCAGAUAAUCCGAAAAAGAAAUAUUUUUGAAACGUAAAAAAUUUGAGGAAAAUUAUUUAGAGUUUCCGGAAGUUUUCCAAUUUUUCCCAUCUCAUACAAAUUUUCCGAUUAAUCAAGCAUUGACAUUUCUCACUGACAUUUUUUUUUCGCCAUGUCAAGUUAUGAAUAAUCCAAGAUUUUCUUCUUUUUCUUCUUCUUCUCUUCUUUUUUUUCAAUCCAACAUGAUGGUUCUUCUUUUUUUCCGUUUUCCUUCUUCAUACUUUGAGGUGUUGUCUCUCACUUCUUCGUUUUUUUCUCCUAAAGAAGAAAAAAUUGAAUUUGUAUUCCUCUUCGUUUUUUUCCUCUCUCUAAUGCACUCGCUUUUUGUUGUUGUUUUUUCUUUUUCUUUCUUUCAUUCAUUGAGAGAAAAAUAACGAGAAGAGAAGAAGAAGUGAUAAUGAAUUUGUAGUCGAAUGAAGCCACGCCCCUCACUUUUUUUACUAAUGUGGCUUUGCGAAGUUUUUUGUUUGGUUUGGUUUGAAUAAUCAAGAAGGAAUGAGUGUAUGAGCGUGAAACUAGUUGACAAGUAGCUGAGCCUUGAGAACCUAUUCGUCUAGGACCCGCGUCUUGAGAGAUUCUACGCCAAGGAGCCGAGCCUAGACUGCUUAGUUGUCAAGUAAUCACUUCUAGAAAACACAACUGCAAGGAUCAGUGCCUAGAGAUCCACUCUGGCAAGGUUUCGCGCCAUGAGAACUUCUGUUGCCUAACUUUUAAUAAUGAAAAAUAAAUUUCAAACUCUUUCACCGAUGACGUCAUUCUUGGUGUUGAGUGUAACAAAGUUCAGUGACAUUGUAAUUGAAUUCAACUCUGACUAGCGACACCAAAAAAAGUUUUUCAUGUUUUUCUCUCCCUAUUUUUUCUGCGCCCUCAAAUUUUGAGCCGCAAAACGUUCAGAUUUUUCAACCAGAUCUAAGAGAUCUCUCCAUUGAUACUUAUGUUGUUUUUUUUUUCAAAAUACAUAUUAUUCUUUUGGGAGUCGUUAUCCAAUUUGUGAGAUGAGAUGAGAUACUACAACUCUUUUUCUUCUUCUGAAAUGUGAUCGGUUUGUUUUGUUUUGUAGGCAAAAAUCUCCGAGAAUUAUAUAUUUUUCCUUUUUUUUCAUUCACAUCAGAAUAUAUCUUUGGCGUGUUUGUUCAUUUACUUGAGAAUUUAAUGUAAACACUCUUCAGCAUCUCAUUUUCGCCGCUGUUUUUUUCGGGUUCGUGUCAUUUUCAGCAGUUUAAGAAGAGUUAUGACGUGGCAAAAUUAUCUGGAUUUAGCCCAACUUGAGCCCUACAACCAAAAUCAGCCUAUCACCUUGAAUUUCAUAUCAGAGUCGAACUUUGAAAUGAGCUCGAGUCCAAGCCUAACUCAAACAUUUCAAGCCAAUAAUCAUUCUAGAAUAGGCUUAUAUGAGCUGAAGUCUAGAAUUAUCCUAACUCAAGCCAGACUUUUCUGACGAAUCUUGCACUCUUGGGUUGUUGUACUAAUUUCUCUUGGGGAGUUCCUCAAAAUUACUGAAAAGUGUUGUUCUUUUCGGCAACGUCAGCAUUUUUGUAGUUAUUAUUCUCUGGGGAUUUUUUCAGCUCUCAAAUUUACUGAAAUAUAUUAGUUACCAGAAGUUCAAAAAAUUACGAAAUCGAAAAAUUGGUAAGUUUUGAAAAUUGUGACCAUAUUUGUCUAUAGUUAUAUAUUUGCUCGGUUUUUUGUGUAUUAUAUUUAGGCCAGGCCAGCUGACUGUACAAACAACUCUCCUUUUUCUUUUUUCUCCAUCUAUUUUUGGUCAGUUUUGUCCUUUCCAACAACACAGCAAAAAAACGUUUUUUUUGUGUUGAGCAAUAAAAAAGCACUCGACCGAAUAUUUUUUUCGCAGUUUUUCCACACAUAUUUUCUCAUUGUUGUUGUUUUUUCGAGCAGAAGAUUUGGGAUUUUUGAUUAGCGCAAAGACACCUUAUUGUUAGGCUUAAUAUAGUUUUCCUUGGUUUUUUGCUCUGAACCUGAGAAUUUUGGGAUCGCUCAUGUUAAGGGUAUUGUUUUGGGUCCAAACACGAUAUUGCUCAGAUUAGGAAAUUUAGUAGAAAGUCGGCUUUUUUUUCAAAGAAAAUAUCUGUGUCGCUGAAAGUCGUGAGUUUCGUUUAGUUUUUCAACAAAAAACACACAAACUCUCAAAAACAACCCGUUUUUUGUCCCAUGAAUUUUUGAUAAUCUCUUCUACUCCGCUUUUCCUUCUUUUUUCUCUUUUUUCCUAGUUUUUCAUUCAGUUCUCCUAUUUCUUUGUACUUUUUCUACCAAAAAAGCAUUUCCUCUUUCACGCCAAAAAGUUUUGGUUGUCACUUUGAAUUUUAUCAGAAAAGGGAGUGGUUUAUCUUCUUUUUUUUCAAAAUUUCUUUCAAAACAAUUGAAUGUGAUAUUUUCAGAGUGGAAUGGGUACUGUAGAAGUUCAAACGAUUACUGUGGCUGUGCACAGUCGACCCGAUAGUUUGGCAACCAAUGAAACUGCUCAGCAGAAUGUGGAAAAUGUGAGUUUUUUCAAGUCCACGGUUGGCUGAACUGAAAAUUUACCCUGAACUAACUACCUGAAAUGAAUUCCGAUUCUAAAUCACUUAUUAAAUAAUAUUUUAUAUUUUUCAGAGAGAACCAUUGAGUCCGUCAAGUGUAUUCGAUGCGAGAGGUCCCGUUUUGAUACCAGGUAAUUUUUAUUUUCAAAUUUUAGCCCCCCUCCCUUUUCCGGAAAAAUUCUUAUAACCCCCUUGAGAAUUUCUCAGAGAUUCUUGCAAAGUUCAAAAACUUUUUAUCCCAAAAAAAAUAUCGCAAAAAAGCUAGAAAAAAUUUAUGACUAAAACUCAAAAUUUGUGUGUUUGCAGAAAGUGUACAAGAUGAACAAAUGGAGCAAGUUGUAGUCGAAGAGGAAGAAGAUUCUCGAAUUCCGGAAGAAAUUGUGGCUCGUGGAAUUGUGAAUGAUGCGAUGAAUGAGCUUUUCAACACUAAUAAUACUGAAUAA